UCCAAUUUUCGAGAAAUAAUUCUUCUUUCUCUCAAUCAAUAAUCAAUCAUUCAUCGAGCAAUGGCUGCUCUUCUGAAGCUCACCCGACUUUCAUCAUUCAAUCCCCAUGGGACCUCCUCCCCCACCUCCAUGAUCUCACAUGCAUCCUCAUCAUCAUCUUCUUCCACCCUCCUCUCCACCCAACUUCACUUCCACCACCCAUCUUCCUUCCCCUCUUCUCCUCCGAAUUCAUUCGCUUCCAGGACGAGUACGAGUGCCAAUCCGGCCCUAUCACUACGUUGUCCGAAUCAAGGCCCAUUUCGAGUUUCCUACCGGUUCUCCUAUGAAAAGGACGGUGGUGGUGAUGAUAACGACGGAGAUGGAUGGCCGGGGGAUGAAAGUUUCAAUGGGGCCGUGGCGCUCUUCAAUGAGAUGGAGUACUACAAGUGCCAUGACUUCCUGGAAGCUUUGUGGAACGGAGCCGAAGAGCCCCGGAGAACUCUGUUUCACGGAAUCCUUCAAUGCGCAGUUGGGUUCCAUCACCUCUUCAACCAGAAUCAUAAAGGGGCUAUGAUGGAGUUGGGAGAAGGACUAUGUAAGCUGAGGAAGAUGAAUUUCGAGUCCGGACCAUUUUAUCAGUUCGAGCAAGAGAUAUCCGCAGCUCUGGACUUCAUUUAUCAGACCCAGAUUGAGCUCGCAGCGUGUGCGGAAGACCUCUGUUUAGCCAUGGACAGAUCGGAGAGAUCCUACCAACUACUAGGAGGCUACGCCGCUGGGCAAUCUCUGUAUCAGUUAGAGCAGGACCCAAGAGAAGAUAUUGCCUACAUUGUGUUCUCACCGGAGAGGACUAUUAGCAACGGCGAGCUUCUCAGGGUUAAGCUUCCAACCCUAAGUGCUAGUGAAGAGCACCUAUGUAGCAUUUGACAAGCCGUGACAUUACAAAGGUCACAGAGUUCUGAAUUCUGAGUUCUCGUGCUUUGCCCAUGGUCUCGAACCAAAGCUAAAGGAGGAGCUAGAUACUUCAAGACAUGUGCCUUACAAUUUACCCGUCAUGUAAAAGCUAAAGAUUAUGCUUCCUUAAAAGUGCAAAACCUAAGAGAUGCAGGGGACUGAUGGAUGGUUUAGUGGCAACCUAUUGCAGGAUGAUGCGGAUAAUUUGAGGAGUGUAUACUAAUGGAAGAGGAAGGAUAGUGCUCUUAUAGACCUUUAUUAAAGAGAGAUCAAAGUUCGGAAGUUUCUCUA